CGGUACCAUUCGUAAUAGUUCAUAAGGCACCUGAACACCAUGCUUAUUUAUGGAAGAUUAUACCGCCUGUCUUCAGCUUUACUACCCUUUGUUUACGGUGCGUCGUCUGCUUUUUGCAUUUUUAUACUCAAAAAUAUUUAUAUCCAAGUUAAAGGAAACGUUGGAUGGGUAGGAACUGAUCGUAAUUGAAGUUUACUUACCGAAUAUCUCAAUCUCUGAAACAAGGAUACUUAAUAGUUGAUUUUUGGUGUGUUCGAGCCAAUUUUCCUAAUCAGCUCUCUUUCUACUUUUAUAAUAUAGAACGCGUAAAAAUCUGAUUUCAUUUGAAAGAAAGGGGAGGCUUCUGUUGUAAUCAUGAGUAUGAUUCAUUUCAAAAGCCGUCAAAGUCUUUACUCGUUUGUACAGAAUCGAGCAUUUACUACAAAGCAAAAACUUGGAAAAAAUAGUCCUUUACCAGGAUGGGAUCCCCACUCACAAUACUUUCGUCCAGGACCUACGAUGGCCAAUCGUUUAGAAGAACAUAUGAAUGAUACGAUUCUGUCCGACGUCUUAGUGGGAACUUAUAAACACAAUGUUGAUUUUGCGGAUUCUUCUCCCCACCAUAAUGAGCCAGCAGAUCGACUGGUUCGAUGGACUGGUGACAAUCCAUAUUACAAAAAUCGACCCCCUCGCCAUUUUCGUGGGUAUAAACCCCUCUUGCCUAUUAAGCGACCAGUCCGGCCAGAAAAUCUUCCCAGCAUCUCCAAGGUUUCUAUAAGUACUAUGGUCAAGGAAGCGCUUCAAGAAAAGUCUCAACUAUUGAGCACUAUUAUGGCUUUCCGUUCCAUCACCGGUGUGGAGCCAGAAAUAAUAAAAGCUAGAAAAGAUGUUUCUCCGUGGAGAUUACGAUCCGGUUUUCCUGUAGGAGCAAGCGUGACUCUUCAGGGCGAACCAAUGUAUAAUUUUUUGUCUGUCCUUUCCGAGUUGGUCCUUCCUCAGCUUCACGACUUUAAAGGGAUUUCUUCAAGCGUUGGAGAUCAAACAGGAAAUAUCUCUUUUGGUCUUCCUGGAAAUGCUUUGCCUCUAUUUCCUCAAAUUGAAGCUGUAUAUGAAAUGUACCCUCAUUCUCUUCCCGGAUUUCAUAUCAAUAUCGUAACAAAUGCCCAAGAUACUCGAUUGGCUAGAUUCGCUAUAAGCAGCAUAAUUCCAUUUAAAACAAGCAAUCCCGAAGAUGAUGUUCGUUAAUACAUGAAGAAUCCUAUUAGCAUAAAGAAUUAGCUACUGAUUUCAAUACUUAAUACUGCUUUCUUUCCUCAAUUACAAACCAUAUAUUAUUUUCUGUUUCCAAUUUCUACAAAAAAGUUAAUAAAAG